AUGCGGAUGAUGCUUGUUUUGUUUGUGGUAAUAUCAAAUUGUGAAGCAGAAGAGUAUGUGGUUAGAGAUAGUGAAUCAUCUUGGCUGCUUCCUCUUCCUCAAGCUGAGUGGCUCAACGAAUGGGCUUCUACUCACCGCUUCAAGAUUGGCGAUUCUCUCUUAUGGAAGUACGAUGAAGGAUCAGAGUCAGUGCUGCAAGUGAAUAAGGAACACUAUCAUAACUGCAACAAGUCUAACCCUACUCAAGAUCACAAAAAUGGACGGGCUAAGAUAGAGUUGAACAGGCCAGGAUCAUUUUACUUCAUAAGUGGCACACGAGAUCAUUGUGAGCAAGGCUUGAAGCUGCAUGUGAGAGUCUUGUCUGGCAAUCACGCCAUAGGAGAUUGUCCUCAUUGCAUUUCUCCUCCGCCACAAGAUCCUUUUUGUGCUACUUGUCAUCAUGCUCCGCCACGAUUUAAAUGCGAAUCUUGUCAUGUUCCUCCGAAAGAGGAUUUUAAUCCACCGAAUGAUUCUAAGGAAAAAGGAUCUAAGGACAAGGGGUCUAAACAGAAAACGUUUCCACCAUAUCAAAACCAUCACCUAAGGGAUCUCAACCUCUAG